AUGGCAGCUAUAUCUCCUCCGCGACAUCUGCAGCGUCCCUCCCAUCGCCGUGUCCCCUCGGGACUAGACUCCGUCCCAGAGGAUUCAUUCGUCAUGUCUACCUCAAAUUCACCCCCGAUACACCCCCAAUCCAAGUCCGAACCAGAGUUGCGCGGUAUCUCUGACCUCUCUGGAAACCCCCUCCCGGGCGAUUCCACCCAUGCCGGUACAGCACUACUCGGCGAGGGUACUCAAACCCAGCCAGCAACAACGCCCUCGCUCUCUCAAACACCUUCAUACUCCGCAAGCAUCCAUUCAUACCAGUCCGAAGAUGAAAGCUCCUUCUUCCCACCCGUCGAGCGCAUCACCAUGUUCGAUUUUGUCGAGAACCUGGCCCUACAACAAAGAGUAGAGAAGUGGCAGGCUUCCUUGCAAUCACAAGCCGACAAGUUCAAGCGCCAGCAGUCGCGACUCAAGGGUACUGGUAUGAAUGCUAGGGACAGAGUUGUGGAAGAAUGGCGUCGAAGGGUCCCAACCCCAGACGAACAGCUCGACAAGUACCGAGCGCGGAUGCGGAAGUCCGUCGACCGUCUUCACGGGCAGUGGAAAUCGCAGACAGCUGUCACCGCACGCGAGAAGGCUUCAUUCAUCGCUGGAGUAUUAAAUAUCUUCAUUUCUGGCUACCUUAUCGGCGCAUUCCCGCAGUACUUCCCACACUGGUACACGGGCCAGAUGCUUUACUUCAUGCCAAUCCGAUUCUACACCUACAAGAAGAAGGAGUACCACUAUUUUCUCGCCGAUCUUUGCUACUUCGUCAACCUCCUCCUCAUCCUCAGUAUCUGGGUUUUCCCUUCGUCCAAACGCCUUUUUAUCAGCAGCUACUGCUUGGCUUACGGAAACAAUGCGGUCGCCAUCGCCAUGUGGCGGAAUUCUCUGGUCUUCCAUUCUAUGGACAAGGUUGUCAGUCUAUUCAUACACAUCAUGCCUCCGGUUACACUUCACUGCCUCGUCCACCUUCUCUCGCCUGAGUUCCAGCGCGAUAACUACCCUGCCAUUUACACUAUCCGUUUCUCGGCACCUGGCUCACCGGAGCAUUAUACCCUGUUCCAGAUGAUGCUCUGGGCUACAUUUCCCUAUGCCUUUUGGCAGCUUAGCUAUCAUUUUGGCAUUACCGUUCGCAAGCGCGAGAAAAUUGCUGCAGGCCGUUUGACAUCGUUCGUGUGGCUGAGGAAGUCAUACGCGAAGACUUGGAUCGGCAAAAUUGUCCUCUCCUUGCCGGAUUCUCUACAAGAGCCUGCUUUCAUGCUCAUCCAGUAUUCAUACGCCGUCAUAACGAUGCUGCCCUGCCCAAUUUGGUUUUGGUACCGAUGGCCAAGCGGUUUGUUCCUGGUCGUAGUCUUCAUAUGGAGUAUCUACAAUGGCGCCACUUUCUACAUCGACUUUUAUGGAAAGAAAUUCCAGAAGGAACUUGAGGCAUUGAAGAAGGAUGUCGCCAAAUGGCAGAAUUCACCCGUGUCAGGACUCGGGCCUGUGACGCCAGGUGAGAGUACUGGUGACCGCAAACUCGGGGAGAUCGAGGCACUCCCAUCCCUCGAAGGCGCUACAGAAACAACUGGUGCUAAGGCAGAGGAGAAUGGACAAGUGCGGGAGCGCAAAUGA